AUGGAAAAGGAUGACCUUGCUUGGGAGAAAAGUGACCAAGAUAUCGAAGCAUGGGAGAGGUCACUCAACAAGUCACAUAUAUACCGCGGAAUCGCCAGUCUGAUUAAUAAAUAUCGGCCGGGCGAGGCUGUAGAACUGCAUAAGCCGAUUAGAGGAGGGUAUAACGCCUUUUAUCGGCUAGAAUAUAAAGAUGGCUCGUCCGCCGGUAUGAGAAUCCCCUGUAAAGGUGUCAAGUUUCCAGAAGAGAAAGUCCGCUACGAGGUCGCCACAAUGCGUUAUAUCGCAGCGAAUACAACUAUUCCAGUGCCCAAGAUAUAUCACUUCGGAACAGCAGCAGAAAACCCGGUUGGCUUAGGCCCAUUUAUCAUUAUGGACUAUGUCGAGCAUGAGAGGACGAUGUCUGAUGCCCUUAAGGACCCUGCUCUCGAACCUGACGAGUCUCUUGUGUUAGAUCCUACCAUCGACGAGGGACGGCUUGAGUUUCUCUAUGGGCAGAUGGCCAAUAUCGUCUUGCAGCUAUCUACGCUGAAAUUCCCCAAAAUUGGUUCGCUAGACCAAGACGAACACGGUGAUAUUUCCGUGUCCGGGAGACCUCUCAUUCAAAAUAUGAACUCGCUACUAGAGUUUGCGGGUGUCGCUCCAACAUUACUACCAUCCCGAUCUUACGAUACCUCUACCGAAUGGCUUUGCACCCUGGCCGACAUGCAUCUAGCACAGCUUACAUUUCAACAUAACGAUGCCGUCUUGGAUGAAGAUGACGCGCGGGAUAAGUACGUAGCGCGUCAGCUUUUCCGACGGCUCGCAUCAGAAGGGCGACUUACAUCGGGACUGGAUGCUAGGAAAAAGGAUGCCAACGAUUCCAGCUUUCGAUUAUAUUCCGAAGACCUGCGUCCGUCAAACGUUUUAAUCGAUAAAGAUGACCACGUAGUCGGCGUGAUCGAUUGGGAAUUUGCUUACGCUGCGCCGGCACAGUUCUCAUUUGAUCCCCCUUGGUGGCUUCUCUUGAAAAGUCCAGAAUAUUGGGAUGGUGGAUAUAAAUCUUGGAUGGAGGCAUGCGAACCUCGCCUAGAAACAUUCCUUCGAGUGCUAGAGAUUGAAGAAAAGAAGAAGAAGAAGGGUCGUUAUGAAAUCGCAGGUAAUACGAUUACUUCCUCGUCCCUAGAAGAAGCUGUACCUCUCUCAGAGAGAAUGAGAAACAGCUGGGAGAAGAGAACAUGGAUGAUUAAUUACGCAGCUAGAAACAGUUGGGCAUUGGAUUUCAUAUUCUGGAGGUUCUUAGACACGGAAUAUUUUGGAGAUAAUGAGGAGUGCGAUCAUCACGCUAGACUCAGCCUCCUCACUCAACAACAGAUCGAGCCGAUGGAGCCUUUUAUUGAAAUGAAAAUGGAAGAGAGUAAGAAACGGAGUUUAGUUGAAUGGGACCAUGAUGAUGCAGUAGUCCAAUUAGCUAAGGUCCUAGUUUGA